GGGUAGCUGCUGUCGGCCGAGUGGCAGGGGUGCGUCGAGCAUCCGACGAGAAGGCAGGGCUGCACUGCCACACACCGAACACAAAAACCAGCCGCUCCGCAGGACAGACGCAACGCACCAGCCAAUUUUCAGUGGCAUGCCGCCAGGUUUCCAGUGGCACCCCUGAGGCUCAGCAUGCCCGACACGGCCUCCAAUGGAGCCCCCUACUCCGCCUCCCAGCAGCAGCAGCAGCAGCCGCCCCCGCUCACCAGGCGGAGGAGCAACGUGCCGCCCCAGCUGCCCCUCAGCCCAAGCGCUGACCUUCCCAAGACCACUAUGCCAGUGUCCUCGUCGCCGCCACCCUCUUACGAAGACGUUCUAGCAGAGAACCGUUUGGUGGCGGCAAGGGAGGCAGCAGCGGCCGCCAGUGCGUCGGCGGAGGCGUGCGGAUGCUCCGAGCAGGCGAGAAGCAGCAGUACAGAGAAGCCCGUGCCCACCGUGGGUCGCACCGGCCCUUUGCAGAUUCAGCACAAAUCGAGCAAGGCACUCUACAGAGCCGUGGCUGCCCAGUGGGGUCUUACUUGCAAGAUGAGUGACAAGUGUCGCUGCCUCGAUUGCCAGGGUCGUUAUUUCGACUGCGAAUUUGAGCAGAGCGAGCAGGAGAAGACGGACGGCGGACUGGGGGCUAGCACCCCGAUGUUCAUAUCCGACGUGAUGGGUGGCUCUAUCGGCUGCACACUACUCUAGACUGCUAACCGAGGAGACGAGAGAGAUGCAUGUGUUUAUGGUCCGUUGUGCUGGAGGCAGUGAUUGCGGGCAGCUGGCCCCAAGGCGGCGACAAAACUGCCAAACGCAACCAGAGGAGCGACAGCGCCCGCCAGGCUGCCUAGCGCGCAAGGGGCGAGUUCCACUCGCUAUGUUUGUACGAGAGGUUUCAAGAGAACGAAUGUACAAAAAAAGAAAGAUGUUUGUGCAUGUGUGUUUUUAACCGAGACGUUUUCGCGAUUAAUAUUCGGUCUAUCGUGAAAGGUGUGGCAUGUAAUUUUAUUUUGACUAUUCGGAUCGGGGAAAAAUCAAAUUGAUUGGUUUACCAACUCUAUAUUGACUGUAGCUUGUAAGGAGAGGAGCAGGUGCAGCUCUGCUUUUAAUUAAUAUAACUAUAUGCGCCCUUUCAGUUGCGUGUCAGCAGGAAUCCUAAGCCUGAUUUGCAUCUUGUGUAAAAAUGCUUAUAUCUAUUUUUAAAGAUUAAAAGUACCGAAAUUUAUUUUCAACUUUUAAUAAGCACUUGAAUUUCAUUUUCAGCAGUAUGCAAAUCGAUUCCUGAGGGCUAUAUUGGGUUCGACAGAUGAAUCACAUAAUCGAAAACUCGACACGUCGAGUGAUCUAGCUGCCUAACCUUAAUUUACCCUAAGGAAUCGGUUUUGGCACUGUAUAAAAUGUAAUUCCAGCGCUAAUAUUUAACAGAAAAAACUCAGAUUCAGGUUGCAAAUUUUCAGCUUAGGAGUCCAGGCCCUGUUUAAGUAAUAUAUUUAAUGUACGCAUAUAUUGUGUAAAUUUAGAUGCGAUUAACUCCAGCAAAAAGUGUACAACCUUGUGUAUCUCAUAAAUGAAAACUGACCAGUUUCCUAUGAUUAUAAAGCAAAAAACAAAAAGAGACAACUGCUUGAAAUGAGAAAGCUAAAGGCCUAAAACUCAAUUGAAGACACUCCAAGAUGACACACCGUUAUUUAUAUGUAAAUAUUAGAGGAUUAAACUCUCUUACCAACGCAGUUUAUAAAGGCGUAAUAAUUCUUCGCUGUUAUAUUUGAAGCAACCUCAACUUUGCAGCAAAAAAACGGGUAAUUUUCUUAUGAUCGUCGGAGGUUUUAAAAGUCGCAAGCAGUGCACUUCAUUUGCCAAGAUUAAAACUCAUCGGGAGCUUGCGUGAAGAUGAUUUAAGAGCUUUGAAUAUUUCAUAGCAGCAGUGAGUUCAAAAUCUUAACAGAUAUUUUUAAUGUUUCCCCUAAUUGUAUAUUGUGGAAAUGAAUAAAUAAUUCAACAAGUACUGGAAUACA